GCGCCGAGAGCACGCUAUGGCGUCCGUCGCCGCAUGGCUGCCGUUCGCGCGCGCCGCAGCUAUCGGCUGGGUGCCCAUCGCCACGCACCCGCUCCCUCCGCCGCCUGUACCCAAGGACCGGCGGCGAGCCGAGGACGAGAAACUCCUCAUCAACGUCUCCGGCCGCCGCUUCGAGACCUGGCGCAACACCCUCGAAAAGUACCCCGACUCGCUCCUCGGCUCCACGGAGAGGGAGUUCUUCUACGACGAGGACAGUCGCGAAUACUUCUUCGACAGAGACCCUGACAUAUUCAGACACAUACUCAAUUACUACAGGACUGGUAAACUGCACUACCCCAAACACGAAUGCUUGACUGGCUACGACGAGGAGCUCGCGUUUUUCGGUAUCCUACCAGAUGUUAUAGGCGAUUGUUGUUAUGAAGACUACAGGGACAGAAAACGCGAGAAUGCUGAAAGGCUCAUGGACGAUAAGCUCAGUGAAGCGGGCGACCAGAGUCUGCCCCAGUUGACAGACUUGCGGCAGAAGAUGUGGCGGGCGUUUGAAAACCCCCACACUUCAACUGCCGCCCUAGUAUUUUACUAUGUGACAGGAUUCUUCAUCGCCGUCUCGGUGAUGGCUAACGUUGUCGAAACAGUGCCCUGUGGGCACAGACCCGGUCGGGCGGGGACCCUGCCUUGUGGAGAGAGAUACAAAAUAGUUUUCUUCUGCCUGGACACUGCUUGCGUGAUGAUUUUCACUGCUGAAUACCUCUUGCGACUGUUCGCAGCGCCGGACCGCUGCAAGUUCGUGCGUUCCGUCAUGUCCAUCAUAGACGUUGUGGCAAUCCUGCCGUACUACAUCGGAUUGGGGAUCACCGACAAUGACGACGUGUCGGGAGCCUUCGUGACCUUAAGAGUGUUCAGAGUGUUCCGUAUAUUUAAAUUCUCGCGUCACUCGCAGGGUCUGCGAAUCCUCGGGUACACGCUCAAGUCUUGCGCCAGCGAGUUAGGGUUUCUCGUGUUCUCUCUCGCAAUGGCCAUCAUAAUAUUCGCGACAGUGAUGUUCUACGCGGAGAAGAAUGAGCAGGACACCAACUUCACAUCCAUUCCAGCCGCCUUCUGGUACACCAUAGUCACCAUGACUACACUUGGCUACGGCGACAUGGUCCCGGGCACGAUAGCCGGCAAGAUAGUCGGCGGCGUGUGCUCCCUGUCCGGCGUGCUGGUCAUAGCGCUGCCCGUGCCCGUCAUCGUGUCCAACUUCUCGCGCAUCUACCACCAGAACCAGCGCGCUGACAAGCGGAAGGCGCAGAGGAAAGCCCGCCUCGCGCGUAUCCGUAUCGCCAAGGCCUCGUCCGGGGCUGCCUUCGUGUCAAAGAAGAAGGCCGCUGAAGCGCGCCUCGCUGCCCAGGAGUCAGGGGUCGAGCUGGAUGACGCUGGUCGGGAUGAGGACAUCUUCGAGUUGCAGCAUCACCAUCUGUUGCGAUGUCUGGAACGGACUACGGACCGGGAAUUCGUGGAAAUGGAGAACCCCUACAACGGGGCAGCAAAGCGGCCCGGCUCACCAUCUCCCCUGGCCUCCCCCGCACACUCGAGCAGAGCCCCGGCGUUGCUCGCCUGCUGCGCGAGAUGUGGAUGCUGUCCCCAAAAGUACCAGGUCCUGCUAUUAGACUCGAGUAGGAAACGAGCGCACGGCACUAGGAGGUACACGGCGACGUCGCGGCCCUCCGAAACGUCGGUGUCCGCCGCCGCCAGCGAAGACCCCCUACCACAAGCAUGCGGUAAGUACAUUCCAGCAGGCAGCACUGUGCAGGGCAAUCAGACCGGUGUUGCGAUGGACGGGACGUAUCUAGUCGAAGCAUCCUUCUAGGACCCAACAUCUAGCGCUCAUGUUGAGAGCUACGUGUGAACUAUAGUGUGGUUGUGUUACACACAAUUUCCAAUAUCCAGGACACCCAAAAGACAGUGCGAAAAUAAUUACUAGGAUAUUGUAUUAUCUUAUAUAAUCUUAACACGAUACUGCCUAAAUAUAAACACUUUGUACGAAAUUGAACUUACAAUGGCUCAAUGCUCCGAAUCCCAAAACUCGGUCUAGCGCUAUAAUAAUUAUUUAAAGCCGCGUUUCCACUACAAAAUAUUCAGUGUGUUCAAGAAACAAAAUCUUGUAUAUAAAUAUUUUGUUUCUUAAUCAUACUGAAUAUUUCUAAAUCUGGAUUACAUAAAAAAUGCGUGUGUUAUUUAAAAUUAUAUUGAUUUUUGUAAUGUAAAUUUAGAAACCACCACCCAAAAAUCAAUUAAUAUAAAAUCCGUGUGGUUUUUGCAUAUUUUUCAGCAGCUUUGUGGGAUAAAAGUUUAAAGGUAUUUACAGUUAAAAAUAAUAAUAAUUGGUGUGCUACUGUGAAGUGUGUUUUUAACUCUUGGAAAUAUCGACGCCUGAGUAAACGUACAAUUUCGUACUAAGGAUACAAAUGUAAUAUGUGUAUUGAGAGUUUGAUGAACAGUUCUUACCAAAGGUUUUGUACCAUGCAGAUGUCGGUUUCGAGGAAAUUUUCUUUAUUUCGAAGUGCCCUUGUAACUUCUACAAUAUUUAUUAAAUAUAUUGCUGUUUCGGUUUAGAGGAUAUGUUUGUUAUUAGAAAAUGUGUAGGGUGAUAUAUUCCUAAUGUGAAUUGCCAAAAGUAACCUGCUCGAUCAAUAAAAAACCCUAGCUCAUUGAAAUUCGAUAAAUAGGUUGUUUGUUUUUUCUCUCGAAACUUUAAGACAUUUGCAAUGUGUAAAAUCUGUGUAAUAUUUGACAAUGAACCUCUUUUACUGGGAAUAAAACUUAUCCCGUUUGUGGUUUCUUUGUAGUUAUUAAAAACAGUAUUAGUAAGAUUUUUAAUGUUAAAAACUUAUAUGAUUGGCUCGAAUCUCGCGAGACUACGCAACGUAUUCAUUAGUAAACAUUUUGAGAAUCAGAAUCAGAUUCAAAAUUCGGAUUAGUUAGGGGACUUUAUAUUAAUGAAAAGUCAAAAAAAUAAUUGUUUUAGUUAUCAUCGUAAUGAUCCGCUGAUGUUUACCAAUGAAUACGCGACCUUAUAGAUUUUCCGCUUCCGAAAAUCUUUAAUGAAAAAAGACAAAUUAGUUUUUCAAAUUACACUCUAGUCAAUAGUCGGAAUCAUAUCAGUAUCAGUAACAGGAAAUGAAAUUAAAAUUAAGGUGGAAACAUACUUGCAACAUGCCACUCGACACGUGUUUCACGCUAAGGUUUCAGCAGCUUUGUGGAUUUGAAGCUAAUAAUAAUGAAUCUUUUCAAAAUGCAUUCCAUUAGUCUUAUUAAAAUUUAUAACAAUUUAGGAGGAGAAUAAGGAAUGAUAAUAAAAAAGAAAUAGUAAGAAAGGAGAACUGUUUUUAGCACAUCAACUUUCAGGUUAAGAAAUUAAACAAACUCUUAUAAAUCAGCCUAAUUUGACACUAAUAUGUCGUUCUUACUCACGUGUAUUGAGUGGUAUGUUACAAAAUAUGUUUUGCCGCCAAUACUUGUAGCUAUUUCUUUAAAUUUUGUUAAAGUUCACUAGGUCACUAGUGCCUUCGACUUAUGCAAAGGGAAUAUAUAGCUGGGCGUAUGCUAUAUAGGCUUAACAUGUAGUAUGAAUUUAUUACUGUGAAACCUGCAGCUCUAAAACUUGCUAACCCUAGCAGACACAGCACAUUUACUGUUGCAGAGUGCCAGUAUAGUUACGAGCAUUUUGCUGUAUGUGAUAAUACGAGGUAAACUUACACUAUUACAAUUUUUAUAGUCCCUGUAUACCCAGGCUCAAUAAAACACAGCUUUUCGUAAACGUCUUAUUUCUUGGAGACAUGUGUGGUGACCGUUUCUCAGUUGGAGGAAGAGUCGUUAGUUUUCAAAUUAGCUGUCAGUUAGUGACGUCUUGGUUUUAAUGUCAGUGAGUGACGUUUACUGUCACCACACGUGUUCCUUUUCACCCUUUAUUUAAACUCAGAUAAACAACAACAUUAUGUGAAAAUAAUUCGCGUUGUUUAUAGACCCCAUCGGUCUGAACUCCUAGCUGAUGUCUGAAUAUCAUUACUCGUUACCGCAUACGUGGUCUCUAUGAAGCAUACGCCCAGUCUUAGGCCACGUAUUCAUUACUAUACUAAUAUAUUUUCAUUGUGUAUUUAUUACAAAGUGUCAAGAAUGAUUAUACAACUAGCCCAGGAUAUGUGGAGCAUUUUUACCAUUGAUUACUAUCAAGCUAAUUUUCCGUGGGUAGCUUGAUCUUGAUGCUCAUCUUUGUUAUUGACGAAAAUUCUUAUUUCUGGUAACUUGGGUUACCAGGUAAUAAAAAUUUCAGAGCGUCGGAAAGAGAUAAUGUACCACACAAUUUGUAGGACAUUGUGGCUGUUGAGUAAUAUAACUAUUAAUUAAGCAACAGUUAAAAAAACAGCUGACUAGUAACAACUUUCUACUAAUAAAUUGUAAAAAAUGCUCCACGGAUCCUGUGCUAAGCACAAAUACCAUUGUUUCUAAAAUGUGAUGACAAUGUUUGCGAAACUUGUUUCAGAAACAUGUGUGAGUUAUUUAUAAAACAUUUGUAUUUGUAUAUUAGCGAAUACGUGGCAGACUGUUGCUCUGUGUUAGUGAAUAAUAGAAAAUAGAUAUUCUUAUACUUAAUGAAAUUGUUAUGAUUUAUAAUGGAGAGGUAAGCAAUGUCGGCACGUAGCAAAUAACGCUGCCCCUGAUUAUCAAUUUGUAUGCAGCAUUUGCAUGUAAUAUUAUAAGGAUUAAUGUACAUCGUGUAUUAGUAUUUAGAACGGACUUUACUAAAAUAAGGUUCAUAAUAUUGGACCACAAGCUUUUCAUCAAAAUCAAUCAAUGGUUAUCACUUAUAACCGUAGAAGACAUUCAAAAAAGUGAUUUGGUUUUGAUGAUGGCUAAAAAUAUAAAUAUUUGAUGAUAUCUGUUAUAUAAAUAUGAUAUUGCUACGUGCCAUUAAUUGCUGUACAUUGCGAAGUGUCGUCAACUAUUUCUAAAAGUGGCUGAAGAAAAUUUGCAAUGAAUUUUAAACAAUGAAACUUUAUGGAUGGUUUGAAUAGUAGACUUAAUACUAGGUGUGGACAUCUUAUGAUUGCAAUAGAUAAAUGGACGUUAUUGUAAAGAUAGAUGAAUUUAUGUGGUUUAAUAUAGAUAUUUAUUUGAUAAUAAAGAUAAAAUGUUAAAUUAUAGAUGUAAGUGUAAUGUUAAUAUUAGAUAUGUGAGUGUCUAAUGCAUUGGAUGCAUGUUUGAGUAGAGGAAAUGAUUUUCAUUGACGGAGUAAGACUGCUAAAGUUACAGUACGAAUUUUAAGUAUACAUUAAUAAGGUAUACAAAUAUUUAAAAUAUUACUCUGUGUUUAUAAUAUAAUAAAUCGCGUAUUAUAAAUUAUGUAUAAUACACGAUUUAUUUUUUAUUAUAAAAAAAACACAAAUGUUUCAAAAACAAAAAUAUUUCCUAUCCUAAACUAAUUAAAAUUAUCUGAUUUUUUUUUUGGUUUUUUAAGUAUAUUAAUGAUAAAAAUUAAAUGUUUAAUAUCGUAUAUCUGUAUGUCGGUUAAAAAUAAUUAAAUGUAUUAAUAAUAACGUAUUUUGUAAAUAUUUAUUUUUGUUUACAGUUCUUUACUUCGUCAAUAGAAAACUUGAAUAAUACUUAUUUUGUAGUUAUUUAUAUAAACCGAAUUCGAUGUUAAAAUAUCUCUUCCAAAAUAUGCCACAUGUUUCUAUUAAAAGUUUAAUAAAUAAAAUAUUCAAUAAUUUUUUGGGUAAUUAAUAAAAAAAAAAUUAAAUAUUUAAGAAAUCAGUCAGUAGUUAGUAAUUGAUCUCUAACUUCAUUGUAAAUUAAUAAUUCCCUAAGUACUUGUGUGCUGUAUUUGCAUUAAAUUUGUGGGAUAUUUUUAAAAGUAAUUUUAACAUUAAUAGGUACUUAACUAUUCUUUCAAUAGGUAUUUUUAAAUUUAUUAAAAUUUCUUUUGUUAUGUGUGUGCGCGUACUUUUUUUCCAUGUAACAUUUAUGCCGUUUAUACAGUAUGAAUGGCUUGAUGUGACAAAAUUAGACAAUAGAUUUAAAAAGUCAAUUUUAGUGUCUUUUCCGAUUUCCCUAAGGUAAUAACAUAUUAAAAUAAACGAAUUAUUUAAUUUAUGAAAAUGAAAAUAUAGUUAGCUAUGUGAAUUUAUAUUAUUACAGGUUCCUUUUAUUAUAUUACUGUGUAUUUUUUAUCAAAGAGUAAUAACGGGUCCCUAUAAUAUAGAUAUUUUCCUAUUAAAAAUAUGCUCUCUAUGUUCAGUCACAAAACUUAUUUCAUCAAAUCCUAUUUUUAAUUCCUCCCUGUGAUCUAUGGCUGUUUAAUGUUAUAAUACCAAUUUAUUACCAAUAAUUGUAUUUUAAGUUUAUUAAUAUUCUAUUGUUUCUAUUUGAAAUGUUAUAA